ACUAACUACUAAACAUGUUCAACUUGGUCCAAUAUACACAUAUAUUAAUUCUCAUAGCACAUUAGAUAUCGAGAUCGAGAACGAGAACGAGAGAGAAAUAGAAUGGCGGAUUGGGGCCCGGUGGUGAUCGCGUUGGUGCUAUUCGUGUUGCUAUCGCCGGGGCUACUAUGUCAAAUCCCGGGGAGGGGAAAAAUGGUUGAGUUUUCCAACCUGCAAACAAGCGGCAUUUCAAUACUUGUUCAUGCCAUAAUCUACUUUGGCCUCGUCACUAUUUUCCUAAUUGCUAUUGGUGUUCACAUCUACGCUGGCUAGUUUAAGCUUAAUUUGCUUACAUCUAUUUCGUUUUUGUUGAGAGGAAGAUAACUCGGACAUUUAACAUAUUCCUACUUCCUAGUAUAUAUGGUGUUAUUAUUUAAUUUUUUUGGUGUUCAAAUGGUAAGUAAGUUGAAUUUAUGUUUGAAAUACAUGUAAGUUUGAGUUUUAUUGUUAUGUUAUACGAUGUUUUGCGGUAA